CGCAGGCUGUAGUGAGAGUGGAGUGGAUCGUCUGAGGAGUCACGACCGUUUGGACACCAAAAACAGCAAAGGCACCUUUUUAUGAUCUGAUAGGAACGAAAUUUGAUCCACAGUCUGGGAAAGUCAAGGAGACGUGCAAGAAAAGGACUGCCAUGACCUGACAGUUUAGAGAUGGCAUAUGCCAGGGACAAACUCUACAAAGGAUACUUGCGGCGAAAUAUGCCAACAAUUGUGUCCAAGGUGAAAGUGAGGGAAAUACUACCUCAUCUGCCAUGCUUAACAGAUCAUGACAGGGAGACCGUAGAGGCAAAAAGAGAGACUUACGGGAACUACGAUGGCAUGAUGCUUCUCCUGGACUGUCUGAAGAGAAGGGAGAACUGGCCAGAAGAAUUCAUCUCUGCACUCGAGGCGUGUGAGCAUCCGACCAUCGCAGCUGAGAUCAGAGCCGAGUACGAAUCUCUGAAAGGAGCCAGCAGUGAGUCAGCAGAUUCCAACCCCAGCUCCCCUGCGACGACUGCCGUCCGGGCACAAGUCCAUCCAGCACCAUCUGCCAGUCAUCCGCCCAUGCCAGAGAACGGGGAAAACAGUCAGGCUGCUGUUUCUACGCCAGCUGAGGCAUCGACUCCUCCAGAGCCAGCAGCUCAGCCUUCACCGCCUCUCCAAGUCCCAGUGCAGCCACAGCCCCCCCAGAUUCCUGCAGCCCAGGUUCCUGAGGACAUCCCUCCCUCUGAGCCCACCGUUGAGCCUCCAAAGGCGGCUCAGAUUGAAGUGGCUCCUCCUCCAUCAACACCUCCACCUUCCCCUGCAACGCCACAUACCCAAGCAAGUGCACCCCCUGCGCCUCACAGGGAUAUCAAUUUUCACCAGGAGCCAGAGGAAAACUCUGAAUCAGACGUCCAGGCCAUCUCCGCUGAUGAUGGCGUGAUCCCCGAUCAAGUGAGCGUAGAAAAGGAGGAGGUAUCAAUCGAUGAUGUGGAGCUUCCUGAAGCAUCUGAUCCUGUGGAGCUGAGUGAAAUUGAUACUCCAGCCUGCUCAGACCUCCUCCAGACAACAACAACCACAGAGGCCAUGCCACCACGGAGUCCCUCUCCUACUGAGAACGACUCAGACGUGGCUGAUGGUGCUCCUGUCACUAUGCUGACCCCGGAGAGGCGUCCAGUCCAGGACACCACCCCUCCUGCUGCGGCCCUGGAGCCUGAAGACACAUCCAAACCUUCUACUACACAGGCUGUUGAAAGCAGCCCUCAGAGAGAGAUCACAGCCAACCUCUCCCCUCCGCUCGCUACUGCUGAGGAGGUGAACGACCCUCUCCUUGAUGACGUGAGCGAGUGUCUGAGCAAACCCGGCGAGCUCAUCAGCGUCCAACCACAGAACCAUGAUGACACCCCUACCAUCUGUGUGCCCAGCUCUCCUUACUCUGGAGAUAGUGGCCGUUUGCAAAUGAGUGCAGACGCACCAGAAACUGUAAUCCUCAACCCCACUCUUGCAUGCUCUGCCGCCAUGUCUGCCAUUGUGAAUUCUGAAGUGCCAUGCGUGGAGAAUGGCUUUGCUAACAGCCACAACGAACCGGAGGAAAAUCAGUACGAUUCUCCCUCUCAGAGUUUGGAAAUGCAGGAGGUGCUUGAGAGCAUUGGGCAAAUUUGCGAGGAGCCUUCCAUCCUCAACCUAGCCGGACAAAACUCACCAACACCGGCUCAAAUUGUCAACGGUGAAGCAGCCAAAGAGAUCAAGCCUGCCCCACUAGCAACCGCCGAGCCUACUGACUCUGUAUCGGAUGUAAAAACCCCUUCCAGUGAGGACUACAACCCCCCCUCUGAGCCUGCACCAGCUGAUAUUUCCACAGAGCCGAAGAUGGUGCAGGAUUCAGGGAAGAAGCCUUCUCGCAUGCUGCACGUUAAUACAAAGUACAUUGUGGCAGCAGGAGUGGGCGCCUGUGCACUGCUGAUGGCGUGGAAGUUUAAGAAUUAAGGGGACUUAAUGGCUUUUUAAAGGACGAGCAGAUUAGGCUUUAAGGGCUUUGGAAGAAGGAUCUUAAGGGGUUCUGUGCCUUAUUGUAGUCACAGGCUGGGACGGCGUUAGGCAGCUGUUUAAUAAUUAUCCAUAGUAAUAAUAAUAGCUGACUGGCCAGACCUUUGAUCAUGUCAUUAAUUUCAUGUCUGUUGGCAAAUUGGACCGUGUUUUAUCGUUUAACUGUUAAAAUAAGUGAGCCCUUUUAAAAAGAAACCAAAUCUAUCCUUCUUAUUCUUCUAACGGAACUCAGUGUUUCUGGGUUGGGAUCUCAGGUUAUUUAUUCGUGCACUUGGGGCAAAUAUGUGGUCUGUGAAGGCAGAACAAAGCUGUGUGUAAAUGAUAGAGAUGUUUGCACUUGUCUGAUAAGCACUUUGAAGAUAAGACUUUUGGCUUUCAUCCAGUGAGGAUUAGUCUAUUCAGGAGCCAGGACCUGAUUACUUUAACUGGAUGUGGACUGUUGAGUAUCCUCUUGAUUGUGGGAAAUCUGGCUUCUACAGAUGCAAGUGCAUUGUCUGUAUUUAUUUGUAAAUAUAUAGAGAAACAUAUAUAGGUAUCCAAAUACGUAUUUUAAUAAGGAGUGAUGUGUCAUAAACAUUCCAAAGCUCUUAAAUAAUGUCUUAGAAAUUAUGCACUCAAAGAAUCAGUGAGCAAAACGCUGCACUGAUCAUUUCCGUUCUUCCAGAUGAAUCUGGGUCAUUGCAGGGAUGCACCAAUCAGACUCUUGCAGUCUUGAUACUGAUACCUGGGAUGUGGUUUUAGCACAAACAAAGUGUUGUGUUUAAUUAAGAAGCUGUUUGCCUCAUUGUGGGAUUAUGAUAGGAUCAUUCCUUUAUUUAAGGCUGGUUUCAGGCCAAGUUACACAGUUUUUGAGUUGUUGAGCUAUGUUCAGCUAUGACUUUGGCUUCCCAUAUUCAUUAAAACAAAACAAUCAAGAUUAAGCAAUUACUGUGCCUGUUUAGAUCGUAGGUGUUCUCAUGUGUGGCAAAUGGGAAAACUUCUUGCCUUUACAACACUGUGCAUGCUCUGCCCCUCCCACCAAAACAACUCUUAUUUUAAUUUAAGUGAGGAGCAGAAGGAGCCACUGCACACACACUGCUUGGUUUGAGAAGUGACAAGUUUCAGUGGGUAAACAUGUUAAAUAAGGAUGAAGGCUAUAAUUAGUUUGACAUUGAUGCCAGCAGAUAUUAGCUUAAAGCAGAUAUGAAUACUUUAACCACUACACUGGCCGUAAAUAUCAGCCUGUAUUGGCUGUAAAUAUUGGCUCUUAUUUGCUGUGAUUAUCAGUCUAACGUGGCUGUGAAAAAGGCCUAUAUCAACUUUAAUUAUUGGCCUAUAUUGGCUGUAAUUAUCAGUCUUUCUAAACUACCAAUAUUGGCCUAAAUAAUAAUAAUAAUAAUAGGAAAAACUUUAUUAAUCCCUGAAGGUAAAUUCACAGUUUACACUCUGUUGUUGAACAUGCUACACACACAUAGGCUGAGUUACAUGCUAACAUGCACAAACAGGAUCCCCAUGGACAUGCACUAAUGGAGAGAUGUCAAAGCGAUGGCCUUGCUGCUGCCAGGAGCUGUUGGGGGUUCAGUGCCUUACUCAAGGGCACUUCAACAGUACUUGAAGAGUGAAUUGACACCCCUCCAGCUAGCUCCAGAGCCAAAUAUCAGCCUAACUUGGCUGUAAAUAUAGGCCUUUAUCACUUGUAAAUACAGGCCUAUACUGGCUGUAAAUAUCAGCCUAUACUGGUUGUAGAUAUUGGCCUAUGUUGGCUGUGAAUCUAGGCCUAUACAACUGUAAAUAUAGGCCUAUACAGCUGUAACUAUUGGCCUAUAUCAGCUGUGAAUAUUGGCCUUUAUUUGCUCUAAAUAUCAGGCUAGCUUGGCCAUAAAUAUAGCCCUAUAUCAGCUGUGAAUAUUGGCCUUUAUUUACUCUAAAUAUCAGCCUAGCUUGGCUGUAAAUAUCGGCCUAUGUUGGCUGUGAAUAUUGUCCGUAAAUAUGAAUAAGUUUGUGGAGUUUUAGGCUGGACCAACAGACCCCAUGUUAGCUUUAGUCUUUUCUUUUUUUGUCCUAACUCCUUAAACUUUUAAAGUGUGAUACAGGGAAAGAUAGAGGAGUGUUUCUUGUUCAUCUCUUAACUUAAAAGUUUUUUUUUAAAGGGCCUACAUUUAUAUGUCAGAACUGACAUCAAUAUUAGCUGAAAUGACCUGGGAAAUAUCAGCAAUAUCUGCAAAAAUGUUGAGCAUCCCUAAUGUUUAAUAAUCAUAAUCUUAGUGUCAGUCAAACUCAUUAUGAUUUUGGUUUCUACCAUUAUCAAGGAGCCUUUGUUCAAUAACUGAUUAUAUCCCAGUUUUAAGUCAUUUGUUGUGCAGGUAGUUGGAGGCAAAGAGGCCAGUCACAGCCCAAUCGGGCACUCCUGACUGGCCAGGUGAAUAUCUAGUCUAGUAUAUAUGAUAACUGGUUAUGCAAUUGAGUACUUGCACAGUAAGAACAGAGCCAGGGCAUUUUUUCCUUAUCGCUCAAAUAUCAAACAGCAUCAUAAACUUUGUGACUGAGAACAACAGCAUGGAAAGGCAAGGGAGUAUUUGUCAUGAUGUAGCUUUUUAGUUAGUUUGUGUUUGUUGGUGAUGCUGAGUGUGAGAGUGAGUAGAGGUGUUUCUAAGGGAAUGAUUUGAGAUUAUGUUUAGUCAUAGCAGCAGUUGGUUAAUGUUGUGAAGUUGGUUUACAGAAUGGAGCUAAGGUUAGCAUGCUAGCACCCCAGGGUAGCGCCCAUAUUCUUGAGCUGAAUAUUGUCACUCAGUGCUUUAGAUGUGAGUAUAAACUGACUUAGCCUGUGUACAACUUUAUCCCCAUUUCCUGAUCCAAAUAAUUCAAAACAAUGCUAUACCUAUGAGAUGCUAUUGAUGCUAUCAGUCCAUGUUGUUUACAUCGGAUUGAAGGGCAUUGUGGCAGCAUGGGUAUAGCAAUUAAUCAGAGCUAUGGUGACUACUAGUGCUGAGCAGCUGUGUUACAGAAUUUAACCGUUUAAUCAGCUUACUGCACACAUACCUAGGAGAGUUUGUUUUUGAUGUUGUUGAGUCGUGAAUCAAGUAAGAGAUUUUUUAACUGGGCAGAAGAAGUCACCUGUUGGACAAACUGAUCUGUUUUCAUGGUCAAACACGCAAAAAAUGUUGGCAUAGUGGGAGUCUUUUACCAAAAGAUGUCAUGAAGACAGCAUUGGUGUCAGCAUCAGUAAUGAGCUGAACAGUUAUUUUUGGCACCAGUAUCAGUAAUAACCCUGUAUUUUACAACUUUUGCAUGUCAACCUUGGAGUAGACUUCUUUGCCUGUUAAAAGAGGUUGGUUAGAGAAAGUGUUAUUAGAUUUGUUUGCUGUAAGGUCUAGUGUUUUGGAGAAGAAGGAGCAGAAGUUGUUGGUAUUCAGAAUGGAAAAAAGUGAUGGUAUUGGAUUGAUGCAUUGACUGGCAUGCUCUCCUAUAAGAAAUAAUAUAGUAAGGCCUGUUUUUGAGGUAUAUCAGAUACAGUUGUCCUUAAAAUAUGUACAAGCAAGUGUGAAAUCAUAUCAAACUGCUACUACUUCAGCUCUGUCCAUGUAGCAUUGGAAGCUCUGUGUUUUUGUCUUAAAGCAAAUGGCCCUGUACAUGCUGCUAGAUCAUCCACACGUUGGUUAAUUUAAGAAUUUUUCCAAAUAUAUGCCCAGGAUUUGCCUGAUUGUAAUCAAUACCCUACACAUCACUGGUGUACAUAUCUGAUUGGUGUAUCCCUUGUUCAGAAUCGAGACCAACUGCUUGAAAAAUGUUAUUUUUUAACCAACAUCACUCCUUGAAAAGAACUGUCCUGUUUCUUUCUAGACUAGAAAGCUAGUUAUAACAAAAUCAUUAGGGGUAAAUGUGAGCUAUUAUACAUUAUCUUCAAAUUUAACUGAGCUUGUCUGCUUCUGUCUUGAUGUGUGAAAGUAAAACUAAAAUGUAGUUAGUGUAACAAUUGCCUAGAUUUUUAAGCAGUGAGAUAAAAAUGUAAAUGACAAUUUUGCUGUACUCUGUAGGUCUUUAAGGAACCUUCUUUGGAAACCACUGGUCCAGACAGGCAACUGUACUUUCUGGCCUUCAUCCUGUGUAAAUGUUUGAGAUUAAUUUUUAUAAUUCCAUUUUUUUUCCUUCAAAUAGAAAUACGUGUCAUGUUCUGUGAGAUGAUGAUAUUAAAAGAAGUGUGUUGAAAUGUUUGGGCAAGAAAGGGGUUAAUUCAUAAUGUUUUGCACAUUUUAAGAAGAUAUUUGAUCCCAAAAUAUGAUGUGAAGAUCAAAUAUGAUAGUUCAAGUGUAAAUUGUAAUCUUAGUUUAGUUUAGCCCAAGUCUUAUACACUUGUAUCUAGCUAUGCACUUGACAAUCACAUCAAUAAACCCAAAACUAAAAUGUUAUUUAUGGAUGUACAUGUUGAAUUCUUUCAUUGAAACUAAAGCUGCAUGUUUACUCUGCAAAUCCAGAUACUAUAACAGUGGUUCUCAACUGUUGGGCAUCAGGACCCACCACUAGGGCUGGGUACCGUUUGGGUUUUCUCUGACAUCAGUGCUAAAUUGACACUUUUUAGAAGGUGACAAUACCUAAAUGUGCCUGAAUAGAUUCUUUAAAGAGAAAAGGGUGUUUUAAAGGUCGACAGCAAAAUAGAGGUUACUAUUUCAGAAAUAAGAUAGUAGAACCUAUCAGUAAAGGAUACAGGUAUAACUUCUUAACGUAACAUAUUUCAUGCCUUUCCUUUGGGUAUCAUGUUGGGGUGGGGGUACCGAAAUGAAGCACCAAAAUCUGUCUCGUAAUUCAGUACUGUAGGUAUUGGAUGCGCUGGUGCGCAGGUAAAAUGUUAGUACCAGAUUUCAAUUCUCAUCCCUACCAACCACCACCUUAAGAGAAAUCAGGACCGAUAUUUUAGAAAUUUUUCAAUCAUUAGAAUGUAUUUAAUAAAAAACAUUGCAGUUUGGACUCAAAAUUGAACAAAACAUAAAUAAACACGAGACAGGACACAGCAGAAAAGUUCAAAAAUCACUUUAUUGGAAAAGCAUAAGCAUGCAUGCAUCUUAUUGUACUCCA